AACACUGAAUGUCAUGUUGAUACUAAAUUGUCAACUUUUAUCAACAAAAUACAUUCAAAAUAAAAUAUUGAAUUUAUAUAUGACAUUUGAACUUUUUGUGAUAUGUAAUAAAGAUAACAGUUAUUGCUACGACAUUAUUAAUUAAAAAUGUCUGACUCCGCAAACUUGAAGUUUGACAAAAUGGAAGUUGAUAUAACUUUAGCCCAGGAAUAUUUCAAAAAGAAGAACAAUACAUUUACUUACAUUCACAAUGGACAACCUGUUGAAGCUAAUGAAUCCACUACUUGUAUUUUGGAUCAAUGCAAAAACAAGGUUUAUUGUACAUUUAAAAAUGGUGAUUUCAUUAGAAAUCCCGCCACGGUUGAACCUCGAAAUUGGACGACACCUGGAGACGCACUCUGGCAAUUGGCGAAAAAAUUGACGAAAAUGGCGAACUGUUCUGCCAGUUGCAGCAUGCAAGCACAAAUUAUCCGAUUGAGGAUAUUAGAAAUUGUGACUUACCAUUGUUUAUUAAUAAAUGUUUGCAUAUAAGUUCACUAAUGGAUAAGUAUUUAGUCUCUAUGGCCACAAAUAUAAGUACUUUGAAAACGAUAACAUGGGACAGACCAUGGCUGUAUCUCUUGUCUGAAGCGGUCUCGUCUCUAUGGUCGGGCUGCCGAGUGAUCCUCGUGGCGCCGCCGCGGAUGGCCGCUGUCUGCACCCUGUUCCUUGAUCUAUGCGCACAAGUUGGGCUUCAUCCAUAUGUAACAUUGACGUUUAGUGAGAAGACACCGUCUAUAUCAGAUGUGGAAGGAGGAUGUAUAGGCAUUGUGAGUGAGACGGCGGAUCUGGAUUCGGCGGUGCACGCGUUCGUGUCCUCAACUACACGCUAUCCGUGGAGUUUGAAGGCCCUCCUGAUUCAGGAGAGCGUGUACGAGGAGUUCCAGAGAGCGCUUGAAUGGAAGUGCAACGUGAACGGCUCGGACGAGCAACGACUCUGUCCCCAGCUGCAGCAGGCGAGCGCCGACGUGCAAGUUGCCGGGGGAAAGAUUUUCUUAUUGGACUACAUGGGCCGUGACGUCAAACAUCCCAAAUUACACCCUGUGUUAGUCAGCGCUUACAGAACCACCAAAGAACUACUUUCGAUCAUGUCUAAAAUACAAGGCGAACCCAUUCGUGUCGCUGUGGUCCUGCGACGCUGCGCAAGCGCACGAGAUAGCCUUCUCUCUCUCUACUCCAUGCGUUUGGAUCAACAAUUACGCAGUGUUCAAUGGGCCAGCGCAAAUUUCCAAUGCUCUCCCGCUGUUGGGCGGCCAAGAUAUAAUAAUAUGUUUUAAAGAAGAGGUCCUGACGACGAUUGCGACCGCGUGGCGCAAACUUGAUUUAGAAAGGCGUCGCGAAGUGAUUCUCGAGGUGGUGCGCAAGUACCUCGCAAGCUCCGAAAGACCAAACGAGCAACUCGCCAUAAGGUUGCAAACAGUGCUCAAAAACGCAAAAAACUUGUUUUUUUUGAAGUGAGCAAAAAUCAUAUGUGGAUUGGUGUUGAAUCUCCCGUGGGUAUGCUGUAUGUUCAGCACAUGAAUGAAACCCGGGAGAAUGUCGCGUAUGCUGUCGCUUCGACAGUUUAUGGCAAUAGUCUGGUUGUUAGUUCCGAGUUAGCUGAUCGCUCUCUUCUGAAAGUGUUGCGGGAGGCGGGCGUGCCGAUCGGCGCGGGCAGCGGCUGUGGCUUCCCUUUAAAGCUGUUUAACACAAGAGCGAUCUACACGAGUUUCGGAACCAUAUUUGCUAAUUGAAUGCUUAUUGUUGGUAGUUUGUAUCGUAAUAUGUCAAGGAUGGAAAACAUUUAUUGGUUAACGUGCAAUUAUUAAAAAAAAAAAAUUGCACACUCAGGGCAGAAUAUGGCGAGACUUUUAAUUUUUAUAUAACACUUAUAAAUGUACAUGUACUGUAUUUAGCAAAUAAAUUAUUUGAAUUUAUUAAAAAAAAGCGGCGAUAGCCUAGUUAAAAAGCGGCGAUAGCCUAGUUGGGUGUGGAACGGACUGCCAAGACGAAUGU